GAGAGAAUAAUUGUAUGUGUGUAUAAGUUGGAUUAUGAAAUUUUUGGUACCCAUAACAUUUUCCAUUUAGGCAAUAUUCAUGUGGCCUGUUGUCUCCCACACACAUCUCAACACUCCAAUUUCCCGAUUUCCCCCCUCUAUCAAGCUAGCAGCGACCCCAGCACCUCUGCGGGCCGCCGGCAGCGAGUCCGUAGUAACAAUGGCCAGCGGAGUCCGAGUCGCCGCCGCUCAGAUGACCUCCAUUAAUGACAUCGCCGCUAACUUCGCCACUUGCUCACGCUUAGUAAAGGAAGCUGCUUCAGCUGGUGCAAAAUUGCUUUGUUUUCCUGAAAAUUUCUCUUAUGUGGGUGUCGAACAAGGGGACAGUCUUAAAAUUGCUGAGCCGUUGGAUGGGCCUACUGUGAGAGGGUACUGUUCCCUUGCUAGAGAGUCACGCAUUUGGCUGUCACUUGGAGGAUUCCAAGAAAAAGGGAGUGAUGAUGCACACUUGCGUAACACUCACAUACUGAUUGAUGAUGCUGGAAAUAUUACAAGUACUUACAGCAAAAUGCAUUUGUUUGAUGUGGAUGUUCCUGGAGGUGCAGUUUACAAAGAGAGUAGCUUCACAGAACCAGGGAAGAACAUUGCUGUGGCAGACAGCCCCUUUGGGAGAAUAGGUCUUACAGUAUGCUAUGAUUUGAGAUUUCCUGAGCUCUAUCAACACUUACGGUUUCUCCAUGAUGCCCAGGUUUUACUUGUGCCUGCUGCUUUCACAACUACGACUGGUCAGGCACACUGGGAGAUUCUUCUUCGUGCUCGGGCAAUCGAGACACAAUGCUAUGUCAUAGCUGCUGCUCAAGCUGGAAAGCAUAAUGAAAAAAGAGAAAGUUAUGGCGAUACUUUAAUAAUUGAUCCAUGGGGAACAAUAAUUGGGAGAUUGCCAGACCGUUCAUCAACAGGUAUUACUGUUGCUGAUAUAGACUUUUCUCUGAUGGAUUCAGUUCGAGCAAGGAUGCCUUUGUUACUGGUAAGUUUAUGCUUGUUUAUUCUACUCUGUCAAUCACAUUAGAUGCACAAACACAAGAAAGUUCACAUUUUACAUUGAAGCUCUCUUUUCCAUCUUCCUAGAAUUUCUCCCUUAUACUUAUCAUCAUUUUCCCAAUUCAAUAUGUAACCCUUCCAUGUAAAGUCUGUGCAUACACACCCUCCUUAGACCUUGUUAUCUUCUGGAUUUUACUGGGUUUGUUGUUGUAAUAUGUAUAAUGUACUCCUAGGAACUUAUGCUAAUUACAAUGGGGG